CAUUAAUAAAAAGUUUGCGACGUUGAGAAGACGUUGUGGUGCCCCGAAAGAUUUUAUAAAAAGUGAAAAGUUAAUUAUAUUGUGUAAACACAAAGAUGAAGAUAUUCACAGCCAUUGUUUUGGCAAUCUGUGUCUGCAUAGUCUCUGCAGAAGAGCUCGAGAACAGGCGUGAUUUUCACAAACUACACUACAGUCAACACCAACAAACUGUUCAAGAGGCUAAACAAAAGUUGGGUGACGCAGCUACCGGAUUCGAUGGUCAACAUCAUGCUUCCUUUGAAGAGGUCAGCUCUUAUGGUGGUGUGGGCACUGUCGGACUUUCUAGUGGUAACAGCGGCUAUGGCAGCAGUGGUUAUGGUAGCAGCAGCUACGGUAGCGGUGGUUAUUCUGGUCUUCAAAGCUCAGCUGGUCUUUCAGCUCUUUCGGCUGCUGAAUUGGCAAGUGCUUCAUCUUUCGGUGCAUCCAGUAACAGCGCUGCCUCGUUCGGUGCAAGUCAAUCAGCGAGCUUUGGUAGCUCUUCAUCAUUCGGCGCUAACUCAAACUUUGCCAGCGGAGCCAGCAACGGAGCUUCUGUUGUGAUACCGGUCUCAGGUGGUGCAUCAACCAGUUUUUCAGAACAAACCGAAAAUGUUCAUCAGCAAGUCAUACCGGAAGUCGUCGCUUCGGGAAGUGGCUCCAGUGGUCAUGAAAGUUAUAUCCACCAUGAAGAACGCCGAACUGAAAGUCAACCUGUCGUUACUUAUACCGCACCUGUUGGUGGCUCUGAAAACUAUGUUCACCACGAGGAACGUCGUGUACAGUCACAAACUGCAACACCAAUAGUUACAUAUGCACCAUCGGGUGGCCACGAAAGCUAUGUACACCAUGAGGAACGUCGUACACAAAGCCAACCUGUUAUCCAGUACACUGCACCAAGUGGGGGCUCUGAAAACUACUAUCGCCAUGAAGAACGUCGCGUUGCUGCCCAGCCUGUUAUUCAGUACACUGUGCCUAGCGGUGGUGCUGAAAACUAUGUUCACCACGAAGAAAGACGCGUGCAAAGCCAAGCCGUGCCUGUAAUUCAAUACACCGCACCAUCUGGUGGCUCCGAAAAAUACGUAACCAUUAAAGAAGAGCGCAUUCAACAAGCUGCACCCGUUCAAAUUAUUGCUCCUUCAGGUCAUGAGUCUUAUGUUAAGUAUCGUAAAGUAACCACUUCAGCCCAACCACAAGUUAUUGUACCAUCAGUUGGUGGCUCCCACUCAUCUUACGUUCAACACUCUGCUGCUUCAAAUACAGCUUCGCAAUUAAGCAAUCUGUUAAGUGGUGCAUUGACUACAGGCCAAACAGCUUUCGGUAGCCUUGGUUCAAGUGCUCUUACAGCUGCCAAUUCUGGCUAUGGAUCCCAAAGUCAUUUUGGAGCCCAAAGCGGUUUCGGUGCUCAAAGUGGAUAUAGCGCUCAUCAUGGAUUUGGUGCUCAAAGCCAAUUUGGAGCGCAACAUGGUGCAAGUAGUGGAUUCGGUGCGGCCAGCAAUGCUGCGCUUACACAGGGUGCUGGUUUCGGCAGUGGCUUUGGCGCACAGUCCAAAUUUGGGUCACAAUUUGGUGCUGAAUCUAGCUUUAACUCUAAAUUCGGUUCAAGUUUUGGUGCAGAUUCUUCAUUCGGAGCAAGUUCAGGUCUGUCUGCUGGUGCAGGUUCUUCAGGCUUGCAUCAUUACAUUGCCGAAUCCGAGCGUUUGGCUAAAGCGCAAGCCCAAGAUAUAGGCUACGGUGGCGUACGCUCUGGCGGUAGUCAAUUGGCUGACUUGUCAACAGGUUAUGGUAGCAAUGCCGGUCUUUCAGGCGGUUAUGGCGGUUCUGCUGGCGGUUUUAAAACUAAAUCUUGGGAAAAGGCUUCAAAAUGGUCUUCACAAUCAGAGUUUGGUCCCGACGGACAAGUAAAAAAUUUUAAAGAACUCUCGACUGGUGAAAGCGAAAACUACGACAUCAACGGCAAGCGCGUAGGCUACAAGGCAGCCACGACAACAUUGGAUGAUAACGGCAAAGUCAGCAGCUACAGCCUUCAUACAUAAGCAUCACUCCUGCUGUACAGUUUAAAUACUUUUAUGUGUUCUUUUACGCUAAGCUAAUCCGCGUUUUUUUAAUUCAAUGUAAACAUAUAAAAUACACUUUCGAAAAUAAACGAAAAUCUGUAAGAU